UUAGCAAGAUGAACCUUCUCCUUGGUUGACAAUAUCGUUGCGUCGUUGCCCCUCCAUUGAUCCUUGCCUUUUGAAUGUUUGUCGGGUGGGCUCAGAUCUCGAUUUAUUCAACGCUGGUAAUUCUCUAAACUGAACAAAGUAGAGAAAAAUGGGAGAUCAGGUAGGGAAAGCGGAGGAAUAUGAGAAGAAAGCAGAGAAAAAGCUGAGCGGUUGGGGUCUUUUUGGGUCCAAAUACGAGGACGCCGCGGACCUCUUCGAUAAGGCUUCCAAUUUGUACAAGCUCGCAAAAUCCUGGGAUAAAGCCGGAGCAUGUUAUGUCAAAUUGGCGAAUUGUCACAUAAAGGUUGAUAGUAAACAUGAAGCUGCCAGCGCUUAUGUUGACGCUGCUCACUGCUAUAAGAAAACAUCUGCAAAGGAGGCGAUAUCUUGCUUAGAGCAUGCUGUAAAUCUAAUGUGUGAUAAUGGAAGGCUCAGUAUGGCUGCUAGGUAUUACAAGGAAAUUGCUGAAUUAUAUGAGUCAGAGCAAAACAUAGAGCAAGCUAUUGUUUUCUAUGAAAGAGGUGCAGAUAUGUUCCAGAGUGAGGAAGUAACCACCUCUGCAAACCAGUGCAAGCAGAAAGUUGCUCAAUUUUCUGCUCAACUAGAGCAGUAUCAGAGGUCUAUAGAGAUUUAUGAAGAAAUAGCUAAGCAGUCCCUCAACAAUAACUUGCUGAAGUAUGGAGUUAAAGGGCAUCUACUUAAUGCUGGUCUAUGCCAUCUUUGCAAAGGUGAUGUUGUUGCAAUUACUAAUGCCUUGGAGCGUUAUCAGGAGCUGGAUCCAACUUUUUCAGGAACACGCGAAUACAGGUUAUUGGCGGAUGUUGCUGCUGCCAUCGAUGAGGAAGAUAUAGCGAAGUUCACUGAUGUUGUCAAGGAAUUUGAUAGCAUGACCCCUCUGGAUCCCUGGAAGACAACACUUCUAUUGAGGGUAAAAGAGAAGCUGAAAGCCAAGGAAAUGGAGGAGGAUGAUCUUACCUAAUAUCUUAUGUCUAUGUUAUGUUGUGUUGUUUUGGCUUUCCCCAUUGUUUGAUUUUAUUAUGUCAUGAGACAACUAAAUUUGUAUAUCCUAUUACUGCAUAUAUAUUUGGUUUGGGUUUUAACAAAAGAGUGUGUUAUGUACCUUUGGAA